AGUGUGCAUCGUGUGGGUCUGUCUUCUGUGUCCUCGUGUCUCUUUUCCUGCAGCAACAAUGAGUUCAGUUCAGGCUUUGAGAGAGUUUAUCAACCAGAGACUAACUGCUGCUGCUGGAGAAAUCUUCACCGUGUUUGAAGCAACUAUCGUCCUGCUACGAGGAAGAGAUGGCUCGUCAGCGCGAGCUGCUUCAAAUCAGCUGCCAGCAUCAUCAGAUCAAGUUAACAGAGAGUCUCCUGAAACACAUUGGUAACCUGAAGACGGGCUCCUUUGUGAAGCAGGAAGAACAUGAAGCUCCACACAUUAAAGAGGAGGAUCUUGUUGAGACGACUGUUCCUGGUGGUGAAAGUGAGAAUUCCCUGGACUCAGUGAGAGACUUGACCACCCAGCGACUCACUGCUGCUGCUGGAGAAAUAUUCACAGAGUUUGAACGAACUAUCCUCCAGUACAAGGAGGAGGUGGAGCGUCAGCGCAGACUGCUGGAAAUCAUCAGUAAUCCUCAAAUCAGGUUACACAGAACAGAGCUUCCACAGCACCAUGACUGUACGGAGGAGCAGCUCUUAAAACUAGAGAUAAACUACUGUCUACAGCAGGAAGAAUCAGAACCUCCACAGAUCAAAGAGGAACGAGAAGAACCAGAACUCCUCCAGGUGAAAGAGGAACAAGAAGAACUGGGACUCCUACAGCCUAAAGAGGACCAGGAAGAGCGAAAACUUUACAGUUUGAGGAGCACAAGGAACUUGAUACCAACCAGGAGGGAGAGCGGCUCGUACUGAAGUUGGAGAGUGAAACCUUUAAGGUCGCUUCUGUACAGGAGCAAAACUACCUGAGCGAGCCAGAAGUACUGAACAGUAAAAGACGUAAAUUAUGUCAGAACUUAGGAAGUGUUGCUGAUAAGAAAAAUAUAGUU